AUGAAAGUCGAGGACGUUUUGAGGGAAUGGGGGCUUAGGAAAGUGUCUACAAUUACCCUGGAUAACGCAACAGCAAAUGAUGUGGCUGUGAGUUAUUUGGAUAGAAGACUUAAGAGCAAGAAUGCUUUACUGGGUGUAGGUGAUUAUUUGCAUAUGAGGUGUGCUGCCCAUGUCUUGAACUUGGUAGUGAGAGAUGGUGAAAAAGAACAUGAAGGGUCUAUUGAAUCAGUUCGCACUACUGUUAGGUUUGUAAGGUCUUCUCCACAAAGAGCUAUGAAGUUUAAGGAGUGUGUUGAACUUGCGGGCAUAACUUGUAAAAAAAAACUUUGUCUUGAUGUUUCUACAAGGUGGAAUUCCACUUACCUAAUGUUGGAUGCUGCUGAAAAGUUUGAAGCUGCAUUUGACAAUAUGAUUGAUGAGGAUCCUGGAUACAUCGAAUAUUUUGACCUCCUUACCGGUCCACCCGGUUCUCAGGAUUGGAAAAAAGUUAGGGCUUUUGUGGUUUUCUUACAAACCUUCUAUGAGGCAACCAAAGUGUUUUCAACUUCGCAAGAAGUGUCCUUGCAUUUAGCUUUUCAUAACUUGUCUUCAAUUUUGUGUGAGCUUCAAGAAGCUUCAUUUAACUUGAAUUCUUAUGUGGCUCCAAUGAUUUCACAUAUGAAGGUUAAAUAUGAUAAGUAUUGGGGGGAUGUGGGAAAAGUGAAUCAUUUUCUUUACUAUGGAGUGAUCUUUGAUCCUAGGUUUAAGUUUAACUAUAUUGAGUGGUCUUUUAAUGAUAUGUAUGGGCAUUCUAGUGACCUUGCCAAGAAAAAUAUUGAAUGUGUCAAAACUAGUUUGUUUAAACGAUAUAAUUGGCAUAAAUCUGAUCAUGAUAAGAAUGUUGGGGCUAGUCCUUUAAGUGCACCAGGGAGCACUUCCCUUGGAGAAGCAUCUUCCCAACCAAAAGAACCAUCACCUUUUACAAGGGCUAAUGCUUUUAAGAAACAUCUGAAGGAAAAAGACACAAUUGAAAAUGAAAAUGAACUAGAGAAGUACUUAGGUGACCCUUGUUGCGGGGAGGGGGAAAAUUUUAGUAUUCUUAAUUGGUGGAAGGAAAAUUGCACCCGUUAUCCUAUAUUAGCAACCUUGGUUCGGGAUGUGUUGGCAACACCUGUUUCUAGUGUAGCCUCAGAAAGUGCUUUUAGCACGGGGGGGAGGAUUUUAGAUAUCUAUAGGAGCUCUUUGAGUCCAGAUAUGGUCGAAGCGCUUAUAUGUACUCAAACUGAUUGA